AUGGUAUAUUACAAUUUGUCGAGAUUCGAUUUUUUCAGCUUUGCAGACUGUGUCUCGUUCAUCAGCUAUUAUCCCGAAGUAUUCAAGAAGCUCGUCAAAGAUCUGAAGGAGGACGAUCAAGCCGUUUUGGAUUACAACACAGUUCAUUCGAUUAGCCUGGAUUGCGCGAAGCAUGCAGUUGAAUUAUGUGUUGCCGCUGGCCUGCCAAUAAACAGUGUUACAAUCCACCCUUCUUGGAAUUCCUUGGGAAUUUCUUUGGACGCAGUAAGCAUAGUGAAUCAUCGUCGCCGUCAAGAAGAUCGGUGGUUCGCUUCAGCUGACUUGCUCAGCUAUUUACCUCGAAACGAAUCUGACAGCUCUCCUCUCCCAAAAGAUCAUCCAUCUAUUUCUGCAAUUGGCGUUUUCGAUGGACAUAAUGGUCCCGAGGCGGCUGAGCAUUGUUCACAUUUGGCUCCCUACUACCUAAGCAUUGGACUCAAAAAGCGACUAUGUGGUCCAAUCUCUGUCACGGACUUGUUGUCCGAGGUCAUCUAUCUCUUGAACGAGGCGGUCAACGAAGGUCGUGCGAAGAGAUACUGGGCAUCCGGCACAACAGGAACCAUUUGUGUUUUCUAUGGGGAUCGUAUAUACACAGGGUGGGUUGGCGAUUCUCAGGCCUGGCUAAUCUACGCGGAUGUAAACGAUUUAGCGAAAGAAGACUCACCUAAAAAACAACCCAGUCCUGGUCAUGCAGUACCGGUUUUGAGCGUGCCUAAGGUAACCCCACCACUCCAAGGAGAUGAACAAGAGGUUAAAAUAGACGAGUGUCCAGACGACGGAACAGAUCCAUUUUUGCUCAAUGUGGAACCAACAAUUAACCGAGAGCGGCGUGUAUCUGCCGUACUCACUGGUCGCCCCCCGGCAGAUGAUUUGGCUGUUGCCCUCACAGAUCGUAUUCAUCGCCCGGAAUUCGCACCCGAGUUUGUCUCGGUGCUUCGAUCCGGUGGUUCUGUGACCACGGAAUUCGUGUCCGAUAACGGCAACACAUCUGUCACGGAGACAUUCGUGANACAGAAUCUGCCCUACUGGGUCAAACCACCACAAACGAAAUUAGCACGUCCGAAACUGGAUGAUCCGAAUCUGGUCGAUUGCCGCGUCGCUGGCAUGUCCUGUGUGAGCCGGGCGAUUGGAGAUGAUCAUGCAGUGAUGGGUAUGACAGCGUUGCCAUCCAUGACUGUUUGGGAGAGACCGUCGGAGAAGUCGACCAGACAACCACUUUGUUUGAUCGUAGCUUCAGACGGCUUGUGGGAUACCGAGGAUUGUUGUGGGCAAGACGUGGCUGUGAUCGCUCGAAAGUGGUUCCGGGAGCACUCAAACGGUGGCACUGUUGAGUCCGGUCUUUCUCAACAGCUGGUUGAUCUAGCGGUCGAGAAAGGAGCAAUGGAUAACGUGACUUGUUGUACCUUAUGGUUGAAUCAGUGGAAUCGAACCGGGAAACCUGUGAACUAUGGUCUCGACAUACCCAAAACCACAAGUGUUCAAUGGCCACGUGGUUUACGAACUGCAUCACAGAUGGACUGUGUUACAUCCCAGAUGCAGCGUAUUCUUAAAAAUCCUCGUUACGGUGGUUUACGUCCGGCUCCGCCGCUCAACGCUACUUCGCUCGGAUCUCGGCGCGGUUCACUGAGCGAAUCGACUCGCCCAUUCGACCGCAUCCGUUAUUCCAGUCCUCCUCGAACGAAGUCUACCGUGCCUUGA